ACAGACCUCCUCCUGGGACACAGUUGCCAUGGUGGCUGCAGCCGUACCGCCUGCCCAUGCGCAGGACACCUGGGCAUACAACUCGGCUUUCACCUCCGCGGCCCGCACUGGCGCGCCCCUGCCCAUCCUGCAGCUCCUCCAUGACCGUGGCGCUCGCAUCGACCUUGACGCCAUCGCCAUGGGCGGCAGCGAACACGCUAUGCAAUGGGCAUACGACCUUCUCCUACAGCAGGGGCACCAACAAGUGCAGUCUGCCGGCGCAUGGACCGGUGCCAUUCUCCUGGGCCCACCUGACGCUCCCUCCAGUUUCUCCAGUGCCGUGAAUUUCGCACUCUGGGCCCGCAACCUGCCAACCCUGCGCGUCCUGCGCGCCACACCUGACGGCAUGGCCGUUGCAGCCACUCCCACCGCGCCCGGCAACGCACUUGCAGACACGUUCGGUCCUCCCAUCAUCACCAACACGUCUGACGUGGCGUGGAGCGUGUACGGCCACGGAUUCGAAGUCGUGCACCUGUGGGAGGCCUGGCACGCGCCCGUUUCCAUAGAUGAAUGGCGGCGCCUGCAUGCUGCUCUGCUGCACAUGAUGCACUCUCGCCAUGGCGCAUCACCCGACGUCAUCAACGUGCUCCCGUAUCAGCUUGCGUGGGUACUAGCGCACGUGCCCUAAGCAACGCCAGCUGUGCUUGCAUCUGUACGUGAUUGUUUCACCACGACUUGCAACAAGGAAGACGUAGGCCUCGCACAUCAAUGACGGCUGUUGACCACAGAUCAUCACAAGCGCUGAGGUCGCGAUCUUGUUAUAGCUGUUGUUGUUACACUGUUGCAUGUGUUCAUAGUCUGCCUCACGGAUGGACACCACCAUAGAAGCGCUAAUGAUGUUGGGGGCGGUCGUUAUGUUUGCCUUGACCGAGCGCUAGAAGUAGUCGCAUAUGGUAACAACGCUCAAAGGGCUGUAUCUAUGCGUGUUGAGUGUUGACGGCGGGAGACAGGGAUUCCCCUAACGGGAAAGUGGAAUUAGGUGAGCAGGACACACCAAGGAGUGGGCGUAUCGUGUCAGUGUUGACAUUGUGCGAGUCAGGGGCGGAGCCCCCGAAACAUGAAGCAGUGGCAGAAAUAGAAAUAGAAAUAAAUACACCCUGCCGUAGGCAAGUGGUGUGGAUUAAGGGAGUGGGGGGAGAUGAGGAGGUGGGCCCGACCCACCUCCUGUACGCCCCCACUACCGAGCAUUUGGCGGCGGGCGGGCGUGCAGGCUAGGCCUGCGCCCCGCCGGGAUGCUACAUCCCUUCUGGGUUGCCGGUUGGCAGUCCCCGUUCGAGGCGCCGUCGGGUCAGGACUAUGUGGUUGAGGGUGGCGACUGCGUGGUCGUGUAGGGUGUCGCAGCACUGCCUCGCUUUGUGGGAGGUGACGCCCAGGGAGGUGAGGAGGGGGUGGAGAUCUUUGUGGAUUGUACCUGCAAACCCGAGGCUGAUGGCACUCUGUGGGGUGUAUUGCACUUUCCAUCCCGCUUCCCGCAGGUCGGCUGCAAGGGCCUGGUGCUGUUGUGCUUUUUCGUGUUGCUUGGCGGCGUGGUUCGUGUCGGCGGUGUAUCCUGCUUCGAUGAUGUGGAUGGUGUCGUGUUCGCUGGGCAGCACUACAAAGUCUGGGUUUAGGGCUGCGGCGAGGGAGAUGGAAGGAAUUAGUAGGAUGUCGGGGCGGUAGUGGAGGUGGCGUCCUGCUGGUUUGCCCUCCUGGUCGGGGAGCAGCCAUGGCGGCAAGCGGUUGUCAGCCGCGUAGUCUGGCAGGUCGGCUUUAGACGUGGCGUCCAUUACCAUGUAGCAGCCGCCGCAGUCACCGCGGGAGAUGGCUCGUGCGAUGGCCUGGACUGCAGUGUUGUGUCGUUUAAUGUACAUUGCACGGAGUUGGGGGUUGUGGCAGCCUCCCAGUAUGUGGCCGCCGGAGUCGGGUCCGCGGCAGAGUGGGCAUGGGGCGGGGGUAUCGGGGCCAGCGCGGGGGGCUCGGCGGCCUGUAACUGUGCGGCCGAAGCGGGCUGCGAGUUUGUUGUUCCACAGUUGCCCGUAUAAGUAGUCCAUGCAGCGUUUGGCCUUGCGGUGUCGGCCUGAUUGCAGGUUCAGGGUUCGGGUGCUGGAUUUGAUAUCCAGGUCUGGGAUGGCGUUGGCUACGAAACCAGUGUAGAGGGUUUCGCGGGUGUGGCCUUGGGCGAUGUGCGGGGCUGCGAGCGUGGCGAUGCCGCGGUUGAGGUCAUGCGCGUAGUGUCCUUCGUUCUUCUCUCGUGGCACCCCUUCCACAGUCGGUUUGAUAGUUUUACGUAUCCAGUAGUAUUUACUACGCGGGUCGUUAUCGGACUCCUCGACCAGCCACUCGGCCCCGGGCAUCUCUUCUCCCUUGGCGGUUUUCACCGCCGCCUGAUCUGCGAGUUCAUUGUACGUGAUCCCUGAAUGUGCUUUGACCUUGAGGAGGUUUGUCCGACGGCCGGCGUGGGAGCGGCGUUUCAGGAGCGCGAGGAUGUUAUCCAGCAGCGCUUUGUGUUUGCUGAAGGUAAGGAGUUGGGGCUGGUUGAUUGUUUUGCGGAUGAGGAAUAACGACGCAGCGGAGUCGGUGUAAACUGUGACUUCGGGGAGCGCUUGCACUUCGUCGAGCUUGAGCACUUGGUGUAUGGCCGAGAGCUCGCAUCUUGUUAUGGUGUUGCAGCCGUGUUGUCCAGGGUUGACGUCGAUCUGAUACGUUUGGGACGUGCGGGCAUCGAUCGCUGCGGCCCCCCACGCGCUGGGCUGACCAAGGGCGUCUUUCUGUACUGAGCCAUCGGUGUAGAAGCCUUCGCGGGGAUUAAGGCGUAGGGGUUGGGUGGCCGCGAACGGGGCCAGGGUGGCUGGCGUGGCCGGUACGGGAGGGGGUGUUACUCGGGGGGCUGCCGGGCGGGUGCGGGUCAUCCGGCGGACCUGUUUGGUCACCCACCGUGUGUGGGCCCAGGUGAGUUGGGGCUGCGGUUCGACGGGCAUGCCUGAGAGGUAUAGAGACGUGCCUAGGGCGUCGCGUAUGGACUGGGCAAGUCGGGCUCCGGGUGUAUUGCUGACCAGCACCAGGUCAUGUUUUAGGGUGAUGCCUGCGUCGUUGUGGAUCUGGCCGAGAAGGGCGUGUGUUGCUGUGGCGGAAAUGCUGCCAAGGAGUGUGACUCUGGGGUGGGCGAGGUAUCGUGUGUAUGGCGCGUUGCGUUGGGUGGGGAGGAUGAUCAGCGUGGCAGUGGUUGGCGGGUUGCGGGUGUUUGUAAGGGUUUCGGUGUGUUCGGCCCAUGCCAGUGCCCAUCGGACCGCGUGUGCUCCGUCUUCGGUGUUGGGUUCGGGGUAGGCGACAGCAAUUCCAUCCCAUGGCUGGGAGUACGCGUCAUAGUUGGCCCCAAAGAGCAUGUCUUCUUCGUACAGUGUGUAGUAGGUGGUGGCGGCUUCCGAGACGUUAAGGGGUGAUGCGAAGAGCUCUGUUGUGCUGCCUAUUGCCGUGUGCAGGGUUUGUGUCAAUCCGUCGCACAGAAUGCGUUCUCCUUUUUCAGU